AUGACCGACAACUCUGCUGCAGAGAAGUUUGCCCUGAAAUCUGUAUGGCCUGGAGCUACACAGCUGUUGUGCCACUUCCAUGUAGCACAGGCUGAAUGGAGGUGGCUGACAGCAACGAAGAACCAUGUGGGUCAUGAUGAAAGAAGGAAAGUGAUGUCGGUCUUUCAAGAGAUAAUGUAUGCAGACACAUUAGAGAAGCUUGAAGCAGCUAAGGAGAAGCUGGCGCAGCUCACGCACAGUGCAUAUGUGCAGAGGAUAAGGAACUUUCUUCACACAGAAGAAGAGUGGGUGCUGCUUUUUCGCAGUGGGCUCACAACCCGUGGGCACAAUACUAACAACUUCGCCGAAGCAAGCAUUCGCAUCCUAAAGGAUAUUGUACUGUGCCGCACAAAAGCAUUCAAUGCUGCAGCAUUAGUGGACUUCACAGCAUCUACAUGGGAAGAAUAUUUUCAAAAACGCAUCCUAAAAUUUGCAUACAAUCGAACUGCAUCUGGCCACCUCUUGUACCACAGCCUGCUGAAACGAAUGCCAGAGGAUGCAUCUAGCAUGAUCAAGAAGACCGGAAACAACGUCUACGAGGUACCGAGUACAAAAAAUGACAGUACCUGCUAUGAAGUGAUCACAGAUGUAGGUAGUUGUACCUGUCCUGCUGGCACUCAAGGUGCAUUUUGCAAACACCAGGCCUUAGUGCACAGAACAUAUGGUGGAAUAUUUCCAAAUGCUCCGACUUUGUCCACACAUGAUCGCUACAAUCUUGGGAAAUUAGCCUUAGGGGACAAAUGCCCACCUUUAGCAUUCUUCAGUGACCUGCGGGACACCAGCAAUGACAAUUCUAACAAUUCUACUGGAAGUGAACUACAAAGUCUCAACGAUGAUCCACCUCAAGAUGUGCCGCCUGAACCUCAAUCACAAGAAGCUUCGCUACAUCAAUUACCGCUGCCUUCGGCACCGCAAAGUAACACAGAAAUCCUGGUACGUGAAUAA